GCGACAUGUGAUCGUAUACCGCAGAUGGAAGGUUGUUUCUGCACAACUGGAAUGAUGCAGAAUGAUACCGGCAUUUGUGUUCCAUCAUGUGAUCGUUGUCUUGGCAGUGAUGGAAUUUACCAUGAGGUUGGUGAUACUUGGCAAGAUGGCCCUUGUGAGAAAAUGUCAUGUCUUGUAGGUGGUCACGUUGACACUGUUAUCACAGAGUGUGCACCACCUCCCCAGUGUCAGUAUCCCAAGGUUCUUAUCACUCACACUGAAGAUGGUACCUGCUGCCCAAUCUAUGAAUGUGCUUGCAAUACAAGUGUGUGUCCAGCUACUCAUGUGCAACCACCUUUAGUAUGUGCUGAGGACAGGGAGAUGACUAAUUUCACCAUCAAUGAGUGCUGUUAUACAACUGAAUGCACUUGCAAGGCGUGUCCAACAGAAACUAUACCAGUAUGCUAUCCAUUUGAGACUCUGGAAACAUUUAAAGAAAGCAUAUCUGAUUGCUGUGAUCAAUACAGAUGUGAUUGUAACAUUGCAAAUUGUCCACCAGAUGACAUGGUGUGCCCACCUAAUUUUAUAAAACAACAGACACCUGAAAGCCUGCAUGCUUGCUGUCCAGAGUACCAGUGUGUGUGUGACUGUCCUGCUGUGGAUCCAACUCAGUGUCCGAUUGGUUAUAAGCUGAAAAUUACUGAAUCUGAAGAUGAGUGCCAAUGUGUUGUGCAUGAAUGUGUUCCCAAGGAAGUAUGUCUGUGGAACAACACUGCUACAAACCAACUACAGGAAGUACAGCCUGGUACCACCAACUUACAAGGAAGUAAUCCUUGCAAAGUGUGUAGUUGUACAGAAGAGAAAGUUGCAGGCAAUGAAUUCUAUAGCAUAGAAUGUGAUGUAACCACAUGUCUGGUAAAUGGACCUGAUGGCUGCGAAGCUCACUCUGAGUACAUUCCACCUGACAACACUGACUGCUGUGGUAGAUGUGAAAGACGAUGGUGUGUUGACCAAAUGGGACGACAUAAUAUUGGUGACACUUGGACACAGCAAGAUGCCAUGACGAUGUGUGAUUAUGCAGAAUGUAGACCGGACAGCGAUGGUGUACCUAGAGUGUAUCCCUACUAUACACUAUGUCCUGCCAUUGAGCCAGCAGACUGUCCUGAAUCAAAAUAUACAUUGACGAAUACAAGUGAUGGCUGUUGCCAACAGUGUGUACCUAAGAGUGGUGCAUGUCGUAUAACUAAGAAUGAAGUGACGGUUGAAUUAAAUGGAUGUGUUAGCAACUCUACAGUUGAAAUGCCAUACUGCGAUGGCAAGUGUCGCAGCACUGCUAUGUUCUCUGUUGAAGAUGGAAAGAUGAACACCGACUGUCAAUGUUGUCAAGUUCUAGAUGCCGUUACCAAGGUUACUAAUAUGAUUUGUGACAAUGGAACAACUUUUGAGUUUGAAUAUCAGUUCAUUGAGAGCUGCUCAUGCCUGGGUUGCCUUCAUGAUGAGUUCUAGAAAUUUGUUUAUUUUUGUAUGUUCUUAUAACUAAAUUGUGAAAUUGUGAUGAAUAUGUUGAUUAAGUGGCAGGUAUUAUUUAAUCCUAUAUUUACAAAUGAUAAAUUGUAAGAUGCAAUAAUAUUUCAAACUUUUAAUUAUUUCUUUAUCAUAUUAUUCUUUAUUGUGCAGAGCACUUUGUUAGGAUAACAUUCAUACAGUACUUUUGAUUUAUUUACAUUUUAAUAGUUUUUUGCAGAAAUAUGUACUUUCAAAUUUUUAAGAUUUAUGCUUAAAGUAUUUAGUUUGUCUGGAAAUACAAACAUAAAAGUUUUUUCAUAAUCCUAGUUAGAUAAAGUACAGUUAAGCUGCCGUGGAUUGAUAAUAUUUUAUUGCUUGUACAUAUUUUGAACUAUGCUGCUCAGUGAUUUUGUAACAUUGUAACUUAAUGAAAACUUUUCUUGAUGGGAACUUUUCUUGCCAGUAACUUUUCUAGCAGUUGGAGGGUCUUGUUUUCAAAUGUACCCAAGUAUGAGACUAUGUAUAUAUGGGAAAAAGUCAUUUACAUGGACAUACGAGGAAUCUAGAUACAGUUUUAUCCAUGGUUGUAAGUUUAAUUUGAUAUUGUGUAAAGACUGGUCAUUCACAUGCAAAUUUAUAGUAAUUUGCAUAUCAUUUAUGUAUUUGAAACUAAUGUACUAGUUAACCAAUUAGCUCUGUUUCAUACACAACCAUCAUGUCCUCACUCCUUUUUGAAGAGAACACAUCGGUGUUUGACACAACAAUCCUCUAUAUAAAAUUAAAUGUCCUAAAUGUCGUCUUGUUCAUCUAUUUGCUCAUUUAGAAUACAGGUUAAAAAAAAUUGCAUCUCUUCUUUAAAAAAUUAUAUUGCAAACAAUUCUAGUGGAAUAUUAUACACCAGUAACCACUUAACCACUGUAUGAAUUCUUGUAAUCAUAGCUACACAGAUAUUUUAUAUGGAUUAAAAGAUUUAAAUAUAUUAUAAAAUUUCAA